UUGCAUGCAUGACGCGCGCGAAAUGGUGUACUGCACAACUGGGCGCUUAUAGAAUUGAUGUUCUCUUGGCUCCUGCAGCCUCUGAAAAGGAAAAGGAAAAGGAAAAGGAAUAAAAGAAAUUACUUUUAACGCGCCCCAGCCGCUCAAGCUCGUCGACUGGCCUUUAUCCCUUCCCCCUUCCCCUUCCUCACAUCCUCCCACUUGUACUUCCUCCCUAAGAAAGCAUAGCCCCAAAUCCCACGCCAAUAGUCCAAACCAACGGGCUCGGCAGCAUGCGUGACGCAGCCGGGAAUAUGGACUACGCGGCCAUGUCGCGCCAGCAAGGCCGCGCCGAGUCUCUCACUCCGCCGCCAGCGGUUGGCCACAGUGAUGCUUCCCCCGUCGAUGCAGCCCUGGGCCGUCUGUAUCCCCGGGACGUGGAGCCGGCCACAGACCCGGCCAACAAGCCGCCGCCGCCUCCACGCCCGGCGCACGCGCACCCCGUGCACCAGGGCGUCCUCCCGUGUGGCGACCACCUCGGGCACGGCAGCCCCCCGACGCUGGACGCCAUCGAGGUGGCCGUGCCCACGGCGGCGGGCGUGCAGCGGCGGGGUGGCAGCAGCAGCAGCAGCAGCGGCAGGGAUGUGAAUGUCGGGGGCUUGUCGUGGCACGAGUACAUGGACCAGCUCCUCGCCGCCACUGCAACCGCCACCACCACCACCACCACCACCACCGCCGCUGCUGCACCCGCUCCCGGCGACGACGACGACAAGUUCGCCGAGAGCUGGGAGGUGGCCGCCACGGCCGCCGCAGCCGCCGCGGUGACGCCCGAGUACGAGCGGUACCUAGACAGCGACGAGGACAUGUACGGCUGGGGCAACGGCGACAGCGACGAGGACCGCACCGAGGAUGAUGAUGAGGACUACGCCAACGAGGACCGCACUGACGAGGAAUAUACCGAGGACGAGGGCGAGGGCGAGGACGAGGGUGAGGGCGAGGCCGAACAGGAGCCCGAGAUUGCCGACACCAUUCAGGUUGCUGUGAGGUCGCCGAUGACGGUGCAGAGUCAGCAGCAGCAACAGGAGCAGCAGCAACAGGAGCAGCAGCAACAGGAGCAGCAGCAACAGGAGCAGCAGCAACCGUCCCUUUGCAACGAUAACCACAAAACAGGUGACAGCGUCGCCACCAACAAGCACGAUACCGUCGGCAGGCGGUGGGACGGCGACAGGAAGCGCAAGGCUGGCGAGGUUGAGCCGCCGGUCGCGGGCGACGACGAGGGCGAUCAGGAGGAGCGCGAGAGGAAGCGAAAGGCACUCGUGGACCUGUUGUUCCCGCCUGACGAGAACGAUCAGGGGAAGGUGCACCCAGAGAUUGUGGUCCCAGACACUGUGGUCUCUUAGGAUGUACACCGCCCUGAAGAACCUUUAUUGGCAGUACACACAAAAUAUAGUAGUAGCCAUUGUUGAAUCCACCAUUAUGUUUUUUUCGUGUCCACC